AUGGCGAGACGCAAGAAGAACAGCCAAAAGCCUGCUACUAGAUCUAACGUGCCUGAAUCUCCAUUGCUUCAAGAGACAUGUGAGGGACAGAGGUCUGGACUAGAUGACGAUAUGCCAGAUGAGAUGGAAGAAGUAUUUAAGGAUUCGAUGGUGGAUUUUCCAGAAAUGGGGAAUCGAGGACCAAUGGAAAUUGAUGAGGAAUCGUCUGGAGGUAAGAGAAACGAAGAGAACCGGAAGGAAAUGACUGCUGGCGAAAGUGAAUUUCAGAGUCAGGCGAAGGACAAAUGGACUCAAUUUCGAUCCUUAUUACCAAAUCAAGGAGGGGCUAAACUCAAGUUUGAGGAACCCCUCGUUCGAGAGGGCCAACGAAUUGCUCAGGUCGACUUGGAGGAGAUCCAAGUUGAAACGUCAUUCUGGAACUCAGCCGUGCUAUGUAUGGUUCUUGGAGCUAGCCCUCCCUUUGCUGUUUUUGAAGGAUUUAUUAAGAGGAUCUGGGCAACUAGAGACUUGGUUUUGGAAGUUGGGGUUCUACACUUUGAUAGAAAACCAGUGAUAGUGAAGCCUUUGUCUGCUGAUUUAGACACUCUAAAGGCAGUAAAAACUGUCCCAGUUUGGAUUAGAUUGCCAGGACUUGGGCUGAAAUAUUGGGGCACUAAGUGCUUGAGUGCCCUUAUGAGCACAAUUGGGAACCCGAUACUAGUAGAUAAAGUUACUAAGGACAGAACUAUGGUGCAAUUUGCUAGAGUGUUAGUGGAGAAAAGACAAAAUGGUGAGGAAGAGACUAAGCAAGAUCCUGUGGAUCAGAAGUCAUUAUCAGAGGAUAAAGAUGCUCCCAGUGGGGGUAUUGAUGUGGAUGCACAGAAACUAGCUGCUAAUGAAGUGUCUGAAUCCCAGGAGGUGUCCAAGCAACAUGGUCAUUUGGCAGAUUCAAUGAAACAAGUUGAUAAACUUGAUAAGAAUUCCAGCGACAGGUCUAAUUCUGAAUGGACUACCCCAAAACGGGUAGGGGGAAAAAAGAAGACCACACUGAAGGCACAGAACAAACUGAAGAAUUCCUAUAGUGCUUUGCAAGAGAAAGUAUUGGAGGUUACAAACUUGGGACUAUCAACAACAAGAGCCUUGUUGGAGACUAAAUUGCGUGGUGAUAAAAUUGAGAAAAUGAUGAGCUCGUUCUUCAUUGGCUGGAGUUAUUUUUCAGGGUCAGCUUCUGAAGGCAGAAUUCUUCUUAUUUGGCAGCGGCAUUGGGUUACUGUUGAGGUUUUGAAGGAGAGUGACCAGUUAAUCCAUGUCUGUGUUAAAGAAGUGAAGUCUAAUAAGAUGUUUUAUGUUAUGUUUGUUUAUGACAGAGUUGGUGGCCGCACCAUUACUACCCUUGAAUUGGUUGAUGCUCAAAAUUGGAGAGCCUUGGGAUUGGUUGAUGAGUUGCGCUCUGGAGGGUCUCAUUACACUUGGACUAACAAGCAAGCUAACGAGGACAUAAUCUACUCUAAACUGGACAGAAUAUUUAAAAAUGAAGAGUGGUUGGACUUAUUCCCUCAAGCUGAAGCUAUCUUUAAUUGGGAGAUGCUCUCUGAUCAUUGUUAUUGCAUUAUCAAAUCAGGAACUACUAUAAACUGUGGUAUGAAGCCUUUUAGAUUCUUUAAUUUAUGGAUUGAACAUGGUAACUUUAAAGACAUUGUCAUGCAGAGCUGGUGCAAGCCUAGUAAAGGGUAUGGGCUUGAUCGUAUUGUUAGGAAAUUGGGUAGGCUUCAGAUAGUUCUUCGCAAGUUCAACAAGAAUACUGUGGGAGAUGUUGCACAGAACUAUAUUUUGGCUAAGGAUAACUAUCAAGCUUCUCAAUUGUCUCUUCAGAGCAGAAAAGCAAAGUUAAUUGGCUUCGUUAUGCUAAUUGAGAGAUUUGAUGAUGUUGUGGCUCACUUUGUGAAUCAUUUUCGAAAAAUUAUGGGAAGCCAAAGUAAUGCUUCGGUGCCUAUUCAGCAUUCUUGUUUCAGACUUGGUCACAGACUGUCUUUGGACCAACAGAUCGGGCUAGUGAGGCCUUUUACUAGUAAGGAAGUGAAAUACUCUUUGUUUAGCAUUAUCUCAAUUAAAAGUCUGGGGCCGGAUGGGUACAGGCCGGGCUUUUUCAAAGCCAUGUGGAGUGAUAUAGGGGCUGAAAUCUCAGAGGCUAUCUUUGAUUUCUUUGAGCGGGGUAUUUUGCCAGAAGAGGAUAUUAUCAAAGGUUAUAAAAGGAAAAAUAUUUCUCCUAGGUGUGUGAUGAAGAUAGACCUGAGUAAAGCCUAUGACAUGUUGGACUGGAAUUUUUUGGAGGGCAUUCUCAUUGAGUUUUCUUUUCCUAACAAGUUUAUCAAGUGGGUAAUGACUUGUUUGAAGGACCCUGCUUAUUUGAUCCUAAUGAAUGGUAGGAUUCAAGGGGGAUUUAGAGGUCAAAAAGGUCUAAGGCAAGGGGACCCAAUCUCUCCGUUGUUAUUUGAGUUAGCUAUGGAAUACUGUACCCAGCUGUUAUGUCAAGCAUCCAUGGGCAAGGGUUUCAGGUAUCAUUCUAAAUGUAAACCUUUGAAGAUUGUUAAUCUAUGUUUUGCCGAUGAUUUGGUCAUAUUUUGCAAGGGAGUCUCUAACUCAGUUCAGAUUAUGAAGGACUGUUUCACUGAAUUUUGCUUGGCGUUUGGUCUGUCUGCCAAUAUGGAGAAAUCACAGGUCUAUUUUGGGGGUUUGCUGAAAGUGAGGCUCAUCAAUUGCUAG